CUCGUGGGUACUCUCUGAGUAUACUCGCCUGGCUCGUACGGUGCAGCCAUCAUGUCGACUCCCGAGUCACCACCAAGCUACACCGGAGGUCCUGGUAUUGAGCUGCCUACGUAUGAAGAGGCUGUAGCAGCACGGGGUGUGGUGGCUACCAGGCCGAGUGCAGCCACACCUGCGGCAGCAACCACACCUGGAAGAACAACAACGCCGGGAAGACCUGGGGCGGGGGCUGGGACCAGGAGGGGAAGCGUGGAGUUUGCUAAUCUUGAAGCGGCAGCGGCGGAUGUGGCGCGGCUGGAGCAGGAAGCAGGUCGCAGAGGACAGGCGGGCGCGGCUGAUGAUGCGCGGCCAUGGUGGCUCCCGCUCGUGGAGCCGUGUCCGUUUACGGCCAUGUACCUCACGGUUACAUUCGUUCAUCUCUUCCACACCUAUUUGAUCAUUCGAUUUCUCGGCUACGGGUCUGGCGAGCCGAUUGUCCCGCUUGUGGUGGGCCUCGUGCUCUUCCUAGUUGUCGUGCCUGUCGUCGCCAUCAUUAUCUUCUUCUGCUGGUACCUGCCGGGCGUGACCGAGCACAUCGACGACAUCAAUUUUUACCACGACGACGAGCUCUCGGCCCAGUUCUUCAUCGUGCUUGGGACCAUGGCGGUGGCGUGUGCGGUGGCGGCGUGCACUGGUGGGGUGUAUCUCGCACUACUCGGAGUGCUCAACGAUCCAGUCGAGAUGUACAACGGGCCGGUCCCAGACCUCGGCUCGCCGCAGCUGGAGGCACUGGCGGCCGGCUCGUUUGCACGAUUUACCGAUCCACAGCUCGGCUGGAGGCAGGGCGUGACCGGCGAGCACAUCUCCAAGCUGCGGACCAAGUCGGGCGUCCUACAUCUCCCGAGCUACACCACACCUGUGACCAGACCAUCGACGUCGCGCGAGCAGGUCAGCGUGUGGGCGUGCGCGUGCGCGAAGCCGCGCAACUACGGGUGUCGGGUGUUCCCGGCCAUCGACGUCACCGGCGGCCGGCGGCAGGGUAUGUGGGAACGGGCCAAGGCCAUCGGUGGCCUACGCAUCAAGUCGCGCAAGAUUCUCGACACCUGCCAGCGGUCAGCGUCGAACGCCAUGGCCAAGACUGAGUUCAACUCGUUCUACUCGCCAGGCAUCUCUCUCCAGGACGCGGUAUACAUCGAGUGGACCGAUCUUGCUGUCUACCGGCGACAGAUCAAGGUCAUCUCGUGGUCGGUCAUCUCCUCUUUCCUCUUUACUGCCCUCCUCGCCGUUGUUCUCACCAACAUCUUCUCACGCUGCGGCGACUGCUACCAUGGCUACUAGCCCCGGCCUGGGAAUGAUUGCAAGCCCAAGCUUCGGUCCUCCUGCAUAGACAACAACAUACCCAGAUCGCAUACACCAUGUACGCUGUCGAGACCCGCUAAUAUGGGCGUAAAGCCAAUCAAUCGUA